AUGACGGUUAUUGUGGAGUUCCGCGCCCCGUGGUGCGGCCCCUGCAGGGGCAUUGACUCUUUCAUCGGACAGCUGUCCGCCAAGUACAGCGAUGUCCUCUUCGUGACAGUGGACGUGGAAGAUGUGGAGGCUCUGCAGAGGGAGUACGACAUCCAGGCCACGCCCACCUUCGUCGCCCUGCAGGGGACCACCGAGAAGGAGCGUACCUUUGGGGCCGUCAGACCCAAGAUCGAGGCCAUGGCCAAGAGAUACAGCAAGUACUGA